GAAGUGAGUGGGAGAGAGAGUAGGGGUGGGAACCGGAAAGGACCACGGGGCGAGAAUCGAACCCGGAUCGCCGGCGUGUGGUGCAGGUGCCCCAGCCAGUUGCGCCACGGCUGGGGCCAAGUGGUCAUUUCUAUCAUGGGAAUGAGGCGGACGCCCGUGGGGUCCUGGCUGAGGAGCCUGCGGGAGAUGCGGGAGGGCCUGGUGGACCGGGUGGAGGGCAGCGUGGACGUCGUCGUGGAGACGCUGGUGUCCAGGGGGGUGUUGACGCGUGACGACCGCGAGGAGGUGCUGUGCGAGAGGGGGCCCCGGGGCCGGGUGCGGAAGGUUCUGGACAUUCUGGACUGCAAAGGCGAAGAGGCCGCCGGAACGUUCCUCCUGGCCGUCGGACACCUGAGUGACGCCGGCGCUGAUGAGGUGUCGGGGCAGAGGGGGGUUCCGCCCCACACAGCAGAAUAUUCCAGAGUGAUGCAGAAGCACAAGGCCGUGCUGCGUCGGCGGAGCGAGAGCAUGCUGUCCUACAACACGCGGCACGGCGAGCAGGUGCCUUUCUCCCUGCACUACGUCCACCUGCUGGUGGUGAAGGGGCACCACAGCCUGGAGCUGAGGAGGCACGAGGUCAUGACCUUCGGCCAGCGGCGGCUCGCGCUGCAGGGGACGGCCCUGGAGAAGAGGCUCGUCAAACCGGCGCAGCUCUUCGCUAACAACGCUAACAACGCUAACAACGCUAACAACGCUAGCAACGCUAACAACGCCGGCUCGCGGCCACCCAAGAGGGUCCUGGUGAGCGGUGUGGCCGGCAUCGGCAAGACGGUCCUCGUCCAGAAGAUCCUGUACGACUUUGGGAGCGACGUGGAGCACGCGGAGUUUGACUUUGUCCUUCACCUGACCUUCCGGGACCUGAACCUCGUUUCGAAGCCGGUGAGCUUCCGGGACCUGGCGCUUCGCAAGAACAGCCACCUUAGCAAGGCUGUGGACGCCAUCCUAGCCAACGAGAGCAAACUCCUCAUCGUUCUCGACGGCUUUGACGAGUUCAAGCACUACAGGUCUACAGCUGACGUGGACGCAUUUGUGACCGAGCCGGACGAGGAAGGAGGGGUCACGGAGAUCAUCUCCAGCCUCAUCCAAGGCGAGCUCCUUCCGGAAGCUUCCGUGCUCCUCACGAGUCGGCCGAUGGCUGUCAGCCACAUGCCGGUGGCCUCGAUUAACUGCUUCGCCGUCAUCACGGGAUUUUCCACCGCGGAGAUCAGAGACUUCUUCCAGCGAUACUUCCAACAGGAAGCGCUCGCCCAGCAGAUGUUUGAGAAGGUAGCCGCUAACGAGCUAAUGCUAACUCUUUGCUACAUCCCUGCCUUCUGCCAUAUCGUGUGCAGUAUCCUGAAAGACAGCGACGGUUUGGCCAGGGAGAGCCCCAAAACAAUGACGGACAUAUACACCCAGUAUCUGGUGGCCUUGCUGCGGUCACACUCCCACGGGCGCGUGGACGACGUGAGCGAACGGCAGAGGCUGAGAGAGAUCGUGCUGAAGCUAGCUAGCCUGGCCUACGAGAAGCUCAUGGCGCACGAAACGCUGUUCUACAGCGGCGACUUGGAGGCCUUGCUGCUGCUGGACUCCGCCAUGGUCAGCGCCUUCCUGGACAAGACGUCCGUGCAGGAGCCGGGCUUCACCGAGGACGUCUUCUCCUUCACGCACCUCACCGUCCAGGAGUUCUUCGCGGCGCUCCACUGCGUCGCCACGGCGGGAGAGAUGGCGGCGGCGGCGGCGGCGGCGCCGGACGUCCUCUUCGAGCACAACGCCAGCAGCUGCCGCCAGGAGGACGAGAUCACGGCAGGACACCUGGACCUGUUCGAACGCUUCCUGUCGGGGCUGCUCUCCGAGAGGAACCAGAGGCUGCUGUCCAGGAGCGUGGGGCUGGACCCGUCGGCGACCCGAGCGGAGGUCUACCGUGAGGGGCUUCUGAAGAAGCUCCAGGCCCUGUGUGAAUCCGGAGGGCCCAUCCUCACCCAGCUCCACUGCCUCUUCGAGCAGCAGGACGACGGCCUGCUCCUGGACUUCCGUCCCGGCGCGCUGAGAGUCAAGGUGAGCGACGUCAGCCUGUCGCCCAUGGACUACGCUGUGAUUAAGCACUUCCUGCAGCAGACCACGGGGACCAUGGCGGAGUUGGACCUCACCGGGUCCAGCGUCACUGCCGCAGCCCUCACUGACCUGCUGCCUCACCUGAACAGGUGUCGGAGUCUGUGGCUUGGUGAGAACACCCUUGACAUGGAAGCAAUACAGGUUAUCGCUCAAGUGUUACAAUCUUCAGAUACCUUAGCAUAUCUUGGCUUAGGUUGGACUGAUAUUGGUGACGAGGAGGUGUUGGUCCUCGCCGAUGCCAUCAGGAGCAGGCAGUCCCUGCGGGAGAUUUGGAUGGAGGGGAACCGGGUCAGCUAUCGAGGCCUGCAGUCUCUGAGUGCACUAACACCGUCCCCACUGCAAGCUGUAGUUGCGAUCUGGAACGAGGUGAGCGAGGAGGAGGCGUCUCUGCUGAGCGGCGGCGGUGGCGCGGCGGCGCUGGGUGGCCCGUGCGUCACCGUGUCCUUCACCGACGACCUCAUGUGGAGGGAGUGGUGCCAGUGGGUCCUGCAGCGUUGCCAGGGCAACAGCACCGAGAAGCUGGUGGCCGUCCUGCACAAGGUGUGCCGGAGGAGCUCGUCAGCGCAGCGGCAGGACGUCCCGUGGACGCGAGGCUUCUACGGGGAACUCCUGGAGCUCAUCAGGAGUCGCAUCGCCCAAUGCCACGAGGAAGAGGAGGACGUGCGCGGGAGGCUGGAGACGUUUGCGGCUAUUGUGGCCAGCUAGCUCAACUCUAUUGUGGCCAGCUAGCUCAACUCUAUUCAUCUAUUGUGGCCAGCUAGCUCAACUCUAUUCGUCUAUUGUGGCCAGCUAGCUCAACUCUAUUCAUCUAUUGUGGCCAGCUAGCUCGAC